AUGUUACAGUGGGGGAGGGGUGGUGGCAGUUGGGUCAUUCCCAAGGUUCUGAGUUCCAUCGUGAGUCAUGAUGACAGCGUUGCCGCCCAACCAGUCACGUCCUGCAACUCAGCAGAACAGAUCGAGACCCGGAGAAGGGGAUCUUCAGCUCUGCCUGCCCUGUCCUUGAGAUUGUUCAUUGAAAGACACCUGUGUGACCUGAGAGAUGACAGAAAUUUGGAAAAUCGAUGGGAAGUAGUGCCAAGUUCCUCUUAUGGUGUAACAGAUGAGUCCCUUCACUUCAAUACUGAUGAGGUGGGCAGGGUGAUGCUGAGAGGUGGGCAGAAAAGUACUGCUGAUAAUGAAGAAAGUGAACCAUCUGAGGAGUUAAAACCAUUUCAAGUGGAUGCAAUCGCUUUUGAUGUUCAUUUUGCUGGACAAUCUGACCUGCAAACCAGAAUUCUAAUUGGUUGUGUUACUGCUAUAAAGAAAGGUGUUGUCUACGUUAAUGAAACAAUUAAGUGUUCCCUAGACAAUGUCACUGAAGGUUUUGUGCCUUACAAUGGUGACUGGUUAGAAGUUGAGUAUUCAGUCCAACCAGGUACCUGGAAAAUCAGGGCACACUCAGCAAAGCCCUUGACCUGUAAGCAUGUCGAAAAGGUGCGCAUUACUAAUGUAAAUGGAAGAAAUGGGGUGAUAGAUCAUACAACCUUCUUCACCUUGGAUUCUGUGAAACUUCCUGAUGGAUACAUGCCUCAAAUCCAUGAUGUUGUCAAUGCUGUCGUAGUGGAAAGCGUUCUUGCAGGCUAUAUUUGCAGAGCAGUCCUUAUUACCCCAUGUGAAUAG